AUUUCAGUGAAGUUGCACUAAAUAUCAAAUGUAAACAUUCGCAGCAUAACAGCUGAGUGGCGUCGCACGUUUAUUGUCAAUUUUAAUCGUUAAAUCAAAAUGAGUAAUUGGUACGAAAGUUUUAAAAAUUCAUGGCCGCUAAGACAGCUAGGUCUUGCCGUGGAAGAAUCAGCUGAAAUAGCGGGCGAAAAGAAGCCUGGAUAUCAAUUUACCGCUGUUUUGGCGCCGUGGGAAUCUUACAUGGUUACCUUGCAAUCACUUCUGAUUUGGGAGAAGCCGCUCAGAAGCCUUUUUGCCCUCGCAUUCUUCAAUAUUCUUUUUUGGUUUUGCAUAUGGAGUGAGCCAAAGCCAUACUUUGUGCUCAGCUCUGUGGGUCUCGCAGUGUUCCUGCACCAGCAGUGGGUGCACACCAUCUGGCCUGAGAUACGUGUGCCUCUCAAACCUGGAGAACGACCUGCUCAUUACACGGAUGAAUGGCUCUAUUUAAACCCUAGUGUUUUGUCGGCACCAGAGGUUGGUCUCCUCCUCGACCAGUGGUGCAGCUCAGCUCGCAGUGCCUUCCAUACCUGUAUUCAAACUCGACGUCACAAGCCCACUCUGUUCUGUGUUUGCUCAUGCGGUGUGUUCACUGCACUACUGUUCACGGGACAGCUCCUCUCAGGCACUGCGCUGCUCUACUCCUGCCUUACUGCGCUCAUUCUUCUCCCAGGGACCAAGAUUUACGUUUUUCCAGUUAUUAAAUGCCGUUCCAGGAAUUUAUUGGAAUGGUUCCGUCACAAAUAUUGGGACAAGCUUGCAAUUGGAACUAGCAGCCAUGGGAGUCGCGAGAGCAGCCCAGACGAGCUGUCAGAGUUUCUGCCGGAGCUUGGCAGCGCAGAGGCCGAGGCGGCGCUCGCGGUGCCGCUCACUAAAGAUGAUCCUCCUGAGGCAGCGGCUGUGAGCACACACAGACAUGUUGCUGUUACUCGUGCUCAUUAUGACGAUGAUUCCAACGAUCCUCAUUUGCGCGCACCAUCUGAAGCUCCUAUGCUGAGCCAAGACUCUCCGUACGGCUCUCUGGCCCCACACAUCCCCACCCAUUCUCAAAUCCCCGGCGUGUCAGACUCGAGCGACGAGGACGAGCAGGAGUUCAUGGAAGGACUCGUAUUUGAUGGAAGACAAGCCGCUCCUCCACUACACGCCUCGUAUCCUCCUCCGUCUCAUCGUAGGGCACCAGACUACACCGACUCUUCCCUUCAUAAUCCAGCGCCGUACGUCACUGAUGUGAACAGCGCGUCUGAGUCCGCGAUACAAGGUUUCAAGAGUUCAUUAAUGCAGUUUUCCCAGGUGGGGAGCGAGAGCGCGGGUGCUUUGUUCUCGUCUCUGGGACAAUCUAUGCUCAUGUCGGUCGUGAACAAUAUGAAUCAGGUCGCACAGGCAGCACAAACAUCCGAUAACCAGCGAGGCUAUGAAGAACUCAGUGACGAAUACUCUGGACCCGACGCCCCUGAAAGAGCUUCUGAACGUCGGGUAAGGCGCCGGCCGAAUCGUCAUGCUCAUGCCGCUCAUCAAGCCAAAGAGGCCGCCCUCUCUGAACAAGGGACCCCUACUGGAGACUUCGUCUAUAUUUCUGACGAAGAAUUCUCUGAGUGAAACAUCAUCUAAUAACAUACAAAUCAUUUACUUAUAGUGAACCGAGUUUAAUGCGAAGAUAGAAAUUUUUGAAUAAUGUCUUUAUUUUUGAUCCCUGAUUUCUGUCUCACUUCCCAGUACGAAUAGGAAAAUAGUUAUUGGGCAAAACCUUCCCUGAAAAGCAUCAAUUGUAACAAUGAUAGAUAAUCACACAGCGAAGGUCGAAUGUUUUCACCGUUAAUCAACGCAUAUCAAGCAAUCAAACGUUUUUAUGUUGUGUGAGCUGUGACGUUUGCAACAAAUGUUGGUUUUCUCUCACUGUAUGACUUGU